CACGUUUUAUAUUGCAGUAGUGAUAUACUGCUCAGUUUUUCAGCAGGUUUUUCCAGCCUCAGAGAAGACUCAUAUCCAUGUGCCUCUGGAAUUAAACAGGACAGUUUCAUCUGCCUGGGCUGCCUUAAGUAGAAGGGGAAAAGGAACAGAUGAACCAGCAAAGCUCAUCUCACUUCCAGAAUCGAUAAUUUUUACUGUCUGUGUGCCCCUCUGAAAAUCUCCUCCAGCUUUUAUCUGCACUGUUCCUCCUUUUGCAGUAGAGGGAAGCCCCUGAAGCUUUAUCCAUCCUUUUGAAAGAAUCCACCUCUGCAGCCAGACACCAAGCUUCAUCUCUGCGCUAAAGACAUGAAGCAUCGUCUGGGCUUCUUGCUGCAGAAGUCAGACUCCUGUGACUACAGCUCUUCCCAGGGCAAAAAGGAGAAAAUACCUUCAAGCCAGAGGGUUAGCCAAGAGGAAGUCAGAAAAUGGGCAGAGUCCUUGGAAAACCUGAUCCAUCAUGACAGGGGACUGGCUGCUUUCCGGGCUUUUCUCAAAUCUGAGUACAGUGAGGAAAACAUCGAGUUCUGGGUCAGCUGUGAGGACUACAAGAAAACCAAGUCACCAGCCAAACUCAGCCCUAAGGCCAGAAAGAUCUAUGACGAGUUCAUUUCAGUGCAGGCAACAAAAGAGGUGAACUUGGAUUCGUGCACACGGGAGAAGACAAGCCACAACAUGCUAGAGCCUACACUGUCCUGCUUUGACGAGGCCCAGAGGAAAAUAUUCACCCUCAUGGAGAAGGAUUCCUACCGCCGUUUUCUCAAGUCCCCCUACUACCUGGACUUGCUCAGCCCACCUAGUGCCAGCUGCGGGCCCGAAACCUGCAAAAGGAGCCACGCUCACACCUUAGACUGCAACUCUAACAUCAUCUCUCAGUGCGCCUGAACCUGCAGCAAGGCAGGAGCAGGCUGGGCUCCCGCAGAAACACACGGCAGCAAAAGCAUUCAUCGGCAUGAAGCAACAGAGCUGUCUCCAGUAGAUGUCUAAUGUCCCAGUUGUAUUCCAUGUCAUGCAACAGCCAGCAUCUGUAACCCAAGCCAGGCUCAGUUUGUGUAGCAAACCCUCCUCUGAGUCCAUCAGUGUAGGAGCCCUGGGGUCUGUCUGACAUGAAAGCUGGGUGCAGUCGUUGCAUGCCCGCCGUGUUACCGGCGAGCCCUGCAAGCCCAGGAGGGCAGCAGGGAGAACAUGCUCAGACCCAGCACUACCCAACAAGGGACCAGAGUUGCAGCAUUGCAGUGUGACAACUAACAAGGAGCAGGUGAAAGAGGAAGCCAAGGGAGGUGUCGGGGACUGUGAUCUCCCCUUUUUAACUGGGUAAAGCUUUGAUGGAAAGGACUUGCUCUGGUCCUUAGCUGUUCGUACAGCUCCCAAAUGUCUCAGCUUGCAAUAGUAUUUGCUCACAACUCAGGCUGUGCUGCAUCACAGUAACCAGACAGGAAGAAUUCCUACCCUUUCAUGAAGUGAGAAUAAAACUCUUCAGGCAAAGAGCCUCCCUCGAUCAUCACAGCCACAAUGGCAGGGAAGAUGUUCCCUCUGGCCACUUCUCCCUCCACAGCAUCUAGUUUAUGCUGGCUAAGGAUCUUUCCUAGAGCUGUAGAGAGCUAUUCUUCUUUUGGGGGGAGGUUUAUUGUUUCAUAUAUUAUUAAUUGUGUCCUUCGUGCUCCCAGGUCAAAUGCUGUAGCUGAGUAGACCAGAGUCAUGUUCCUUCUCUCCCAGACUGGCAGGUGUGUAUUACUGACUCUGGGAGUGCCAUCUGAAUUCAGGUUUGCCUGCUCUGGCUUGUACACAGCACUUCAUGAGGGAAUAGGACAGCAACAGCUGGGGAGGGAAGACACUCCCUGUAAGUGCUUGAAAGUGUCUUCUUCUGUUUCUGAUGUUAUUUGCAUUUAUAAUUCAGUAGUAGCAUGACUCACUUUUUCCCUGGAGAUGGCAGGAGAAAUGUGUCAGUCUACUGCUCCUAGGCUUAGCCAGAAGGCAGAUUACUUAAUCACUGCAGUUAGACAUAGCCUUUACUGGGGAGUUUGAGGCUGACACUGACCUGCAGCUGGAGGCACAAGGAAUACGUGCAAGGGCUUGCAGAACUGGGUAUCUCUAGGUGGCAGCUGGGACUGCUUGCUCCGAGCUGUCCAGUGGCCAUUGGUGACACUAUCCCCAACCCUUGGUCUCUCCUUAGUUGGAUAUUGCUGCUCUGAGAACUGUCCUCGCUCUGCAUCCCAGCCCAGCCAACAGGCCUCACAUCGGGGUUCUGCCACGGCAGGAGGAGGCUGUAGUUCUCCAGUAGGCACGCCCAGGCCCACAGAGAAACCUCUCUUUUGACAUUUGCUUUCUUUGGUAUUUAUUCGAUGGUUCUGACACACACUGCCCUGCAUGUUCAGCUAAGAGACAGAGAGGCUUGCUAAAGCUCUGAGCAUAGCCAAGCAUGUGGCUAUGGGGUCCCAUCCCCCACCCCUGAUCCUGGGAACUCUUGAUAACUAUUGCAAAAACACCCUGUGCUGAUAUUUAAAUAAUGAUGAAUACAUUCUAAAUAAAAACAUUUACAUGA